AUGAGUGAAAGAACUGAGGAGAUCAUAUCAAGAGGGAGGGAUUUCCUACGCUUUCUUGAGACACAAGGCCAACAACUAAACUACUUGACAGAGACAGAUUUACAGAGAAUCUAUGAUAGCGAUUAUUUAAAAUAUCGUAGUCAAAUUUACCCGACUGAAUCUACCAUUCAUUUUAAUGCAGUGUUUCAGACACUCUUGAUUCAUCAAAGCCACUUCGAAAAUGAUAGUGUCUCAACACAAAGCAUGAUAUCAAGUAGUGACCCACAACAGUAUUUGUAUGACAACUCAGAGGCUUCAGGUUUUCAUCCCAUGCAGCAAACAUUUUUAAACUUUUCAAGCCCAGGGCCAUCAGGAGCAGCUUUUCAAUCUGAAAAACAUGACAUUUCAAGUGAAAGAGGUGCAAAACCAAAAAGGAAAAGGCAUCAAGUAAAGCUAUUAGCAGUAGACCAACAUAUCGUCUUUCAUAAAGCAUCCUCAGGACCUCUCAAUUCAGUCAACACUGAUUUCAGUGAAAAUUUGGCAGCAUCUCAUCAUCCUAUUGUGGCUAAUCUUCCUGAAUAUGUGCUUAUGAAAAGUCAGUUAUAUGAAUGUUCUCCAUGUGGGGCAAAAUGUACAUCAGUAGGCGAGCUUUAUCGUCAUCUGGAGGGUCGACGUCACAGACUCAGUGUUAUUACAAUGAAAUUGAAAUCAGAGAGGGAGAAUCUGAUACAGGACAAACAUAACAUAAAGAUAACUGCAGACUGUGAGGGUAAAAAUGGCACCUACUUCAUCGACCUGAGAGAAGGUGUGGAAACCAACAUCAUCAUAACCAUCAAAAAUGUCUCGUCCUCCGACAUGGUUGAGCUUGUUCAUUGUGAAAUGCUCAAGAGAAUCCGAGUAUUUACUUUGUUUGAUGAGAAAGGUGUCACAGAGCAGCAAAACAAAGUCACAAUAUUACCAGACUCAACGUACAAGGUCAAGGUAACGGCCAUGGCUAAAAAUGUUGGGAACUACCAUACGCCACUGGGGUUCCAUUUUAUGCUUGAUGGAAAUGAAUUCCACAUUGUCAAGUUCCUCCAUGCCAGAUGCAAAAAUUCCAUUACAGAUCAGGUGAAAUCCUCAAAACCAUACAAACAUCCACCUCGACAGUCGAAGCGGAGAGAGGCUUUGGAGAUUGUGGAAGGCUACCCAUUGCCAAAAUGGACUGGAGACAACCUACCAAAGAAAUUAUCUCUAGACAGAUAUCGCAUUCCAGGCCCUCUCAGGAAAAUCAUCAAUCAUGGCCUUCAGCUCAAUCUGGAGAAAUACAACGAAGCUGACAGGAAUGAACUCUCUACGCUCAAGAACAUCCUUGAAAUGCCACUCGACUUUGAAAGCUACGAUAAAAGAUUUUCGGCCUUGAAUCACUUUGAGGAGACACAGAUGGAGGUAGAUAUCCGUAAAUAUGAUUUGGAUGCUGUUACGAUGAAAGAAUGUCACAAAGAUCGCAGAUUGCUCAUGCUUGAGGUUCCUGGUCUGUCAGAGAAUCGUCCGUCCGUGCUGAGAGGUGAUUGGCUGUAUGUGAGAAUUUGUACAGAAGGAAGCACUGCUGACAGGGAGUAUCAGGGAUAUGUCCAUGAGGUCAGGCUGAAUGAACUCGCCCUCGGAUUUAACAAACGAUUGAUGGAUCAGUAUGUCAGAGGCAUGAAGUUCAAUGUUCGAUUUGUUUUUAAUCGGCUACCUCUGCGACUCCAACACAGGGCAAGUUUGUUAGCAAAGGAAGAAGGACUUAAGGACUUUCUGUUUCCAACACCAGACACCAUAUGUAACCGAAAAAUGAACAUCUUACCUGAACGUCUCAUACUAUUCAACAAAGAUUUGGAAAGUAAUCCGGAACAGAGACGAGCCAUAGAAAACAUUGUUGCUGGGAUAUCGCGUCCAGCUCCGUACCUGGUGUUUGGGCCGCCAGGCACUGGUAAAACUGUCACCAUUGUGGAAGCCAUGAUGCAGAUUUGGAAGAACUUUAAGAAGUGUCGUAUUUUAGCGUGUGCUCCGUCCAACAGUGCUGCCGAUCUCAUAGCUACUCGCCUUCUCAAGAAUAUUCCAAAAAAUGACAUAAUUAGACUCAAUGCAUUCUCAAGGUCAUGGGAACAUAUUCCUAGUGAAGUCAAGCGUACAUAUCUGAUUGAGAGUUUCUUCUUCUGA